AUGUCGACCGAGUACGAAGAAACCUGCAGGCAUCCUGAGUAUUGGUUCUCGGAUGGCUCUCUCGUCCUGCGCGCCCAUUCUACGCUCUUCCGUGUGCACCAAUCUCAGCUCUGUCGAAAGUCUACGUUCUUCCGAGAUCUGUUCUCUCUUCCACAACCCAAUCCACCACUACCGGAAACUGAGGCUAUCGAGGGGUGCCCAGUUCUCGACCUCCACGACCCACCCGCAGAUGUCGCAAGCCUGCUGAAAGCGAUUUAUGAUGGUCCGAGUUUUGACGACAAUGGCCGCGAUGACUUUGUCGCCGUAUCGGGUUUCCUGCGAAUUGCAAACAAAUAUUUGAUCGAAGAGCCCAUACGCGGAAAGGUACUAGCACACCUUCGCAUCGCUUGGCCCUCCACACUGGACGCCUGGGAUGCGCGCGAAGACCUCGCGCGAAUACACGAGGUCGAGACCGGCAUGCUCAAGGGUCACCGGUUCGCCAACCCCAUCGCCGUUAUCGCCCUCGCGCGCGAGAUCGGCGCGGACGACCUGCUGCCCGCCGCGUUUUACGAUCUCUCGCGCUACAGCUACGCGCAGAUCUUCGAGCCGAGCCUGGGGGACCCCUUCCACCCAGACGCCUCCCCGCACCCACACCCGCACUCGCACAUCCUCGCACCCGACGACAUGCAGCGGCUCGCUCUCGGGAAAGAGACUGCACAGCACGCGAUCACCGCGCUCAUCCAGAACAUGGAGUACGCUUCCUCAGAGGCCUCGCGCCACCGCCAAUGGCCACGGCAGCCAGCCCAGCCGUGCACCGCGCAUCGCCGCUCGCGGUCUGCGACGAACGCGGCCAUCGUGUGCGUCACUCCCGCGGCGUGCCGGAGGGACCUGUCCGAGUUGGUCGAUCUCGCGAAGCAGCACUACCUCAUGGACCGCGAGCGCGGGUGUGCGGAUCCGUUAUACGUCGCUGAGGAGCUUGGGCAGCUCAAGAGCGCAGAGUUCUCGGACUGCGUCGCGUGCGCGCGCGACUUGGAGGCGUGGGCGGCGCGGGAGCGCGAGCGGCUGUGGAGGGCGAUUCCGGAUUGGUUCAGGCUCAGACGGUGAGACGGACGGGAGGAUAGUGGGAUAGGAACGACGUGUAUCAAUGGCAUGGAUAUGUAUUUUUCUUGUGCUGUAUGUAUGGUAAUUACGUAGGGAGUAUGAUUGUAACUGGUCGAGAAGGACGUCAUGACGCAGGACCUGCCUUUAAGAUAAAAAAGUAAGGUAGCUGGGUAUACGAGCAUAUUACAUACUGGUGUCGGGGUAAGGUAACAUGGAGUAGAGAGGAAAGGGGAACCAUAAGGUAUAAAACAGAACAUAAGGGAGUAGUGAACGAAGAUGUCGAAAGAGCAAUAGCAAUAAGUUACAAAUCGGCCCCAAAGCAACCAGGGGACCAGGCGGUUACGUAGCGAGCUCAGCCGCGGUACGCAAUCGCCCUCACCGCAUGCAUCCCCUCGUGCCGGACGUGGGUUGCGCCGGACUUCCGAUUCAGGCCGUGUUGCGCCUCAUGUCCGGGGACGUAGCUUCGAGGGGACUGCGCGAACUAUCUCUUUGCGAGGCGGGCGAGUCAGUCUGCGACAGGUCUCGCCCCGCACCUCCGCGCGCCCGCAUCGGGCUCCCAGCAGCCGCACGGGUCGGCGUACGCCGGACGUCCCAAGGACUGGCGGCGCGCUGCUGGAUGGGGGUGCCGAGCCUCUGGAGAAGCACAGACCCUCGCCUCGCGCGCGGAGAGCAGCGUCGAGGGCUGCCCCGUGGUGUAGACGGCGAGACGCUGCGGAACGCGGUGGGCGAGUGCACGCGAUGCUCGACGGGCAUUUUGUGUGCGUG